GUCUGAGAAAUGGCCGCUUAGGGGGAGACCUCCGUGCACCAUUGCAACUUUUGCUCAGAAUUUCGACAUUACGGCUCUCAGAUUACAUUUAUCUCCUCUCUGAGUGAGUCAAGCAGCUAUUCGACCUACAGUUGCUGGAUAAAAUGGCAUCUAAACGCGUCAGUCCACCUAAAACCAGGCAACGUGAUAACGCUAAAGAUGGCGCGGGCGACCGAGAAGAGAUUGCUAGCAUACACGAGCUUCUCAAUAUAGUGGAGCUGCAGGAAAGAUCCCGCCGCAACAAUCUGCGAUUUCAGGGUUUUCCAGAGCAUUGCGAAGGGAGAGGCCCAGCAGAAUUCCUGUCGGAUGUGAUUCCUGAGAUGCUCGGCUUGGAGUUCCCGUGUGGGCUCGUGGUGGAGCGAUGUCACCGCUUGGCAGCCGCUCGUAUGGGGAGCAACAGGCCGGAGAGAAUUCCCAUCACCCGGUUCCUUAACUGGGAGGACAAGGAGUCAGCAACCAACGCGGCGAGGGAAAAGGGUGAAAUCCGCUGGAAUGGCAACCUCAUCCGGAUCUUCCAGGACUAUUCAAAGGAAACGGUGUCUUUGCGGCAAAGUGUUGAGAAUGCAAGAGGCCGCAGGAAAGCUUUCAAACUGAAAUACCCGGCGGUUCUCUGUAUCGCUACGGGGGGCGGAGGAGAGCGGCGUUUUGAGAGUGCUCGCACCGCGCUGAGCUUCAUUUCAGCCCUACAGCCGGUGGCCGAGCCCCCACCUGAUGGCGCAUUGUACCGCGGGAGUCCUGGACUUGAUGUAGGCCAGAUUGGCCGUUAAACAUGGCUUAGCAACAGAGAACUUGAAGGUGGAUCUCACUGGACGAUGGAUUUCUGAACUGGAUUACUGACUGGAUUACUAGCUGAAAUCUCCACAGAGCCAAGAUGGUCAGCAUCAUCUGUGAAUCAUGUCCCUGUUUUAACCCAUUGUUGGAAUAUGAAGGGCAAAAAGCAGAGCAAUAAUAUCGAGACUUUGGGUGAUAUUCCAGCCAAAUUACGAACUGACGCUGACGUCACCGCUCGAUGACGUCACGCUACUUGGUUUGAGCUGCGUCUGCUGACUGGUCUGAUAUGUGUUUCGUGUCUGUAGCUUCAUCUGUUUAAAGUUAAGCGGUGCAUCUCCAAUCGAUUUAAAAUAAAAUCUAGAUUAUAAAUUCUAAGA